GGAUGUUCAGCCACUUUCUGCACAAGACUUCAGGAAACCAUGACGCACUCAGAGGGCUGAACUCAUUUAGGGGGAGUUUGGCUGUCUGUGUGAGUUUUACAGUUUACACUUAUUCUUCACCACCAAGCACAAGAAGCUUCAUUUCGAGGAGUGCCUUUAUAUUUCCCUGGUAUAUCUGUUAAAGAAAGACAAAGUUGAGGAUGAAACUGAUUCUGUUCCUCGUUAUCUCCUGCCUCGCCUUACAUAACGGAAAGGGAGCACCUAGAACUGCUGUGUAUAAGUUUGUGAGAUGUAACCCCAAGGGCGACCAGGCCAACUGUGUGACCCAACAAAGUCAAGAAAUGGCGUGGAGUCCAGACCUACCAGCCAAACUGCCUGCUUCAACUGCACAGUAUCUAGAGGCAGAGCCUGAGGAGGGUGAGAGUCCACCAAGGGAGGAUGAAGUGGAGUUAAAGAUGGAAGAUGAGGAAACGCAGGGGGAUGUAUCUGUGCAGACUGAGGACGGGUCUGGAGGCUUUGAAGGCUCUGCAGCUGAAAGUACAUUCAUGGCAGACUGGGCCUUUGUGCCUGCUGAGAGUGAGGCAGGCUCCGGCGAGUCCAGGACAGAGGAAGACGGCAAGCUAUACAAAGUUGGGGAUACGAGUGGCAUGAGGCGGUUGUUCCCUAGCAGGUCUCUGGUGGGUGAGGCAAAACCAGCAGAGCAGGAGCUGAGAGAAGACCACCUUCUGCAGCUGUAGACUGCACACACACACACACACACACACACACACACACACACACACACACACACACACACAAGGCUAGCAUCUAUUUAAUUUCUUCCCUGUCUAUUCAAAUAGUAAAACAAAUAUUGCAUCAUCACCUGGUGGUUUAAAAACAUGUUGCUCAGACAUUAACAAAUGUGCUAUUGGUAGGAAUUACUCUCUUCAGGGACAGAAGUACAUUACUGUAAACAAUGGAAAAGUAGCUACUAAAGUAAAAAAAAAUGGUCUGCAUUAUUGAGACAUAUACACACUUUAAUUUAGUCUAAGUUGGCAGUGACCUGUAUUUGCGUUUUCUUGUGGAAAAGAUGUGUAAGUUGGAAUAUGCUUUUUACCAUAAAAUUUAGAAUAUGCUCAAAUAAUUGUAUUACCAGUGCAAUAAGAUGUUUGUCUUUGUCCACGUAUUGCUCAUUCUGUAUAGCUGUGGUUCCAACCAUUUUUGUUUUAGAGCUAUGAGGCAUGUGUUCCCUUUAGACACACAAAAGAAAAUACAUAUUUAUAUUAUCUGAUCCCUUUACACUUACCCAGAAGGGUUAUGCAACAUAUUUUGGUAAACUGCUGUUCUGCAAAGUUGAACAAGAGAAUCUUGCACACCCAAACCCCUCAGGAACGGAUUCACACAAUCUUAACCAGUGUGAGCUGAAACAUAUUCAAAAUAUGUAUUGUGCACUUGCAUGCAUUUCAACAUGCUCUGUUGUCUAAUUUGCAUUUGAAAUACAAUAAAGGAUUUAUAUCAACAGUA